CUGAGAGGUUGUUAGUAUUACAUUUUUUUAGAUGUUUUUUUCUCUUUUCAGAAUUUACCCAUGGCAGACACAAAUAGCACCGUGGAAGUGCUGAUGUUUCAAGAGGUGUGGGGUCGCAGCUUCUGUCGGACCAUGGAGAAGCUGGUAGAGGUUGUCCAGGAAUACCCAACGGAGGUGGAGCACAUCUACAGCCCCUCCUGCGUGCCACUGGUGAGAUGUGCCGGCUGCUGUGGAGACGAGAACUUAGAGUGUCAUCCCACUGAAACUUCCAAUGUCACAAUGCAGCUGCUGAAAAUCCGGCCAUCUGAACCAGGUGAAGAAUAUGUUGAGAUGACCUUUGUGGAGCAUAAGACAUGUGAAUGUAGAGUGCGGAAACCUUUGAUGAAGGCUGGAAGGAAAAGGCAACGAGGAAGAGGAAGGAGGAGAAAGGAGAGACAAAAAGCAAAAGACUGUGACAGGUGCCAGAUUCCUCGCAGGUAACUUAGCGGCAACCCAACUACUGUUGCAGCGUGGCUGACUAUUUAUCUCCAGCCUGGUGACAGCAUGAAGAGUCUCCUCCACUCAUCUAUCAAAACCUGUGUGUCCGCUGCCAGAGACUCCAACAGCUGGGUUGGUUUGCUGACACGCUGUCCUGAUGACGGACAGGGUGUCUGCAAUAACGAGAUUCAACAGGACGUGCAUAUUGAUUGGUGGAAACACUCUCUGUUACACACCUGACACAAUGGACAUCCAUGGGAGCCAGUGCAAUGUAGAAAAGAACAGACUCAACUUUUAAACUUCCACUUGAUAUUAUUGUGUCAGUUAUUUUAAGUUGUCAGGUUUUUUUUCUGUAUUUAAAUUUGGUAAUACGUGUUAAAUCUCUAUAUUUAUUGCUGAAAUAGUUGGACCAGCAACCUUUAAAAGUGUGUUAUCCUUUGUCGAAACAUUAUUAUAAACACUUUGACUUGUAUUGGUGGUUUUAUUUUGACUGAAUUUACAGCUGCUUUGUACAUGCAACAAUGAUAGGUCUCCCUCUAGUGUUUAAAAAUAGGAUGUAAUAAAGCUCAAUAUUAAAAUA